UUUCCCACGCCGUCAAUUAACGGCCCUCCUCAUCGGGGCCACCCCAACGGCCCCCCAUUCCUUCGUCCUCCUCUUCCUUUUCCUCCUCCUCUCUCAAUACAUUCGCUCUUCCUCCUCGUACCUACAUCACGAAACCCUAAUCUCAUCGUCUUCUUCUUCUUCGAUCGCCAUGGGCGAGAUGGAGAACUCGAGCAUCCUCUCGUACGAGAAGCUCGAGGGCGUGGCGAGCUGGGUGGGGACGAGCGUGGCCUCGGCGUUCUUCGCCUCGCUCGAGCGGUGCUCCUGCAUCAACCUCAGCACCGCCGAGGAGGACGAAAACGACGACGAGGAGGAGGCCAAGGAUCGCCCCCUCAUGCUCACCAAACCCGUCCUCCACGACGACGACUCCACCAAACCCUCCCCCGUUUGAUCCCCAUCGAUCGAUUCGAUCCUUCAUCGCCCCUCCCCAAUAAGGUUGGUGAAUUCUCGUUAUGCGUGCAACAAUGUCUGUUGAGAUCGAUCGUCGCCGUAUCUAUCUAGGGUUUCGAUUCGCGUCCGUAUCUGCGAUCUCGCGUUUGUGGUAAUUCCUUGUUGAAUCGCUUAUAGGUUGUAUCGAUCGUCUGUAAAAAGCUUUAUGUUUUGCGUGCUUUUUUCAUGUAUGUUUGUGCUGUUGGGAGGGUGGAAGCGAUUAAUGAUGUUGUUUUGUCUAGCGUAAUUAUAUUUAUUUGGUUUGGGAUUUUCGUAUUUGUUCCAUCGAAAUCGUAUUGAAGCGAGAUCUAUAUAACCUUGGAGUAUUAUGUUCCAUCGAAAUCGUAUUGAAGCGAGAUCUAUAUAACCUUGGAGUAUUAUUUUGGGAUGUUUCCUGGUUUGUUUUGCAAUUUUCAUUGUAAUCACAUUUGUUGAC